GGUCGGGCUGUAGCACCUACGCAAAAGAGAAUACAUUGGAAAAUAGACAGACCAAGGCAGUCUUGAAGAGAUAAAUGAGUAGUAAAAAAAAGGAAUAACAGAGACCAGACUGGUAACUAGACGGAUUCGAGAAUAAAAGGAAAGAAUAAAUGGAUGAGGAGAAGUAAUCUAAUUUUCUGAUAACAAGAACUGCCAGAAGCGCAUGGCUAACAAGCAGGAGGACUACAGAAAGACACUCGCAAAUGCGGUAGAAGCCGAUCCGCAAUUGAAGCCGUUUGUAUCAGAAUUAGAUUUUCCUCAUUUUAUUGUUCUAUUUUCUCUUUAUAUAUUGCUACCCAGUCCAAUACUGGACCGGAUCAUUCUUGUCUUUCUUCUACAUUUUUCUACUUGCUUAGUGCCUUCCUGCACUCUCUUACACUUUCUCAAUACAUGUGUCUUCGGGUGUUUCAGCCCGCUCUACAAUAUACUUGUAUCGCUUGUAACCUUCUGACAGUUUGUGGAGAAGGUGCAGACUGAGGAGAUGACCCCACUGCGCAUGUACCAGUUGUUCAAGAACAUUUCGGA